AUGCGCAUCCGCUUGCCCUUCGCAGGCGUCUUUUUCCUGCUUUGCCUCAUCGCAGGCUACGCAGGGCUCUCCUCCCUUCAGCUCGACACUAUCGUAAACGAUAAGGUCUUGCACCUCUUGACCUUCUUCCUCCUCACCGUUGCCUUCUACUGGAUCAUCGAUACGAACCGCCGUCGCACCCUAAACCUGACCAUUGUCGUAUGCACCAUAUGUAUGGGCGUCGGGUCCGAGUUCCUCCAGGGCUUCCUCCCCAACGGACGAGACUUUGAUCCCUACGACAUCGUCGCCAAUGUGGUCGGCAGCUUAAUAGCGUUGGGCUUGUGUUCCUGGUACCAUCUGAGGAUGCUCGAGAGGAAGCGGCAGCGCAGAUACAACGCUGUACCCGGAGACGACGAGGACGAUCUGGAACUAGGCGAGGGUGUCGAGCAUCAAGAGGAAGGCGUCGUGUCGGCGGCCGGGGAUGAGCGCGCGGCCACGCUCGAGGACGAAGUCGACAACUGGGACGAGAACGCGGUAGACGCCUGGGACGACGGCGAAGGUGACAGCAGUAUAGGGAGCACCAAUGGCAAGGCGCCCGAGCACAACGGAACCACCGACCUGCCCGAUACCAAAAAGCGACUCGACUAG